UAAGUUGUGAAUACUGAAAACUGAUCAUGUUCAAAUAUGUAUACAAUUUUUAUUGUUUCUAGAUGAAACCAUGAAAGAUGAAUUAGCAGGAACAACGGCUGUGGUAGUCUUACUGAAGGGGAACAAAAUUUAUUGUGGUAACGUAGGAGAUUCGAGAGCAGUGGCAAGCGUCGGAGGACGAGUACAACAACUAUCUUAUGACCACAAACCCGGGAACGAAGCUGAAACCAAACGAAUUAUUGCAGCAGGUGGCUGGGUUGAGUUUAACAGAGUAAACGGUAAUCUAGCCCUAUCGAGAGCACUAGGAGAUUUUGUGUUUAAAAAGAAUGAAAAGAGCUUAAUACAGAACUACAUUAAAAAUAUACAAAUACAAACAGGACAAAAUUAA